ACGCGGUUUCAGAAAGCUUCAGACGGUCCAGAACACACGGGACACUGCCACCGUCAGCUCAACCCCUGCGCGGCCCAGCAUCAGCAAGUGCAGCAGUGCCUGCCGCCAAUUGAUGGGUUGAGAUUGAUGAUUCCUGACAUUGGUUGAUGAGAGCAAUUGCCAAUUGACAUCCCGUCUCGUCUCGUCUUGUCUGUCUGUAAGAUCUCGUAUCCUACCUACCUAUCUCCGUCCCCGAUCGCCUCCUUACACCCCCCUCCUCCCUCCAUUUUUUUCCCUUUCCUCUCUCCCUUCUCUUCCUUUUCUUUCUUUCUUGUCUUCUUCUCCUUUGCUUUGGCUUUCUCCCUCCUCGCCCUUCUCGUAGCUCCUUAGCCUCUGUGAUCUAGCCAUCAAAGACACACUCACACCCUCUCGCUCACGACCGAUCUUUCUCCCGUUGUGGCCAUCCAACUGAAACUCCAAAUCCACCCGCCAUGUCCGACGAUGGCCCUGCUGCCGGCGCCCCGGCUGGUCCUGUAGCUGAAGCUGGAGGGGCUGCCGGCCACAGCCAAGGCGGUCUUCACAGCGAAACAAGACCAAAGCGCAUCAGCACCCACAGCCCCGUGAUAGAGGACAUUGCUUCGCUCACCUCGCCCCGGCUCUUCACCCCAAAUCCCUUCAGUCGCAAGAACACAUCGUUGGAUAUUGAUGAUUACUUUACAGGUCCACGCGAUAUCCAGAAACACUCCAAAUGGCCCAUCUUCCUCCAGAUGCAUGGCAGCAUCCUGCCCAAGAUGAUUCUGCCCUUGCUCGCUAUUGGCGCCUGGGCGUCUCUCAUCACCAUCCUUAGUAUGAAGGUGUACAUGCUCGGCAUAAACAGCAUUCUGCUCACCGUCCUCGGUUUUGUCGUCGGUCUGAGCUUGUCAUUCCGCAGCUCCACGGCCUAUGAGCGCUACAACGAAGGCAGAAAGUACUGGGCGCAGCUGAUUCUGGCAACCCAGAAUUUGGGUCGGAUCUACUGGGUGCACGCUUCUGGCCGCAAGGAUGUGCCCGAAGAGAAGAAGGACCUGGUGAAGAGACGCGAAGUCCUGGAGAAGCUUACCGCUAUGAAUCUUUUGGUGGCAUUUGCUGUUGCCCUUAAGCACAAGCUGCGCUUCGAACCAUACACGUGCUACGAGGACAUCUCGAGUCUCAUUUCGCACCUGGAUACCUUUGCCAAGGUGGCCACCGAGGAGGACCCCGAAAAUGCGCACCGGACCUUCAAGCGCCCGAGUUUCUUCAAGAGCGUGGGCGAGUACCUGGGAGUGUCGUUUGCAGAAAGCAACCCACGCAAAUCCCUUAAGAAGGCUGCCGUCCCCCUGGGCAACCUCCCCCUCGAGAUUCUGUCGUACCUUGCCUCCUUCACCGACGAGCUCGCCCUCAGCGGCCGCCUGCCCGUCACCAUGCACCAGACCAUGGCCUACAACAACAUCAUGUCGCUCAACGACGUGCUUGUGGGCACGGAAAGAGUGCUCACCACGCCGCUCCCCAUUGCCUACUCGAUCGCCAUCGCCCAAAUCACAUGGGUGUACAUCCUGCUGCUGCCCUUCCAGCUCGUCAAGGUGCUGGAGUGGAUCACGAUUCCCGCCACAGUUGCCGCGGCGUAUAUCAUCCUGGGCAUUCUGUUCAUCGGUCGCGAAAUCGAAAACCCUUUUGGCCAGGACGUCAACGACCUACCCCUCGAGGCCUAUGCUGCUCAGGUGGCCGCCGAGAUGGACGUGAUUGCCAGCCGUCCCGUCCGCCCCAGCUACGAGUGGAUAGAAUCCAAGGACAACCACGUCCUGUGGCCCCUGUCCCACUCGGGCUGGCCCGUGUGGAUGAACCGUCCCGAAGAAAAGAUCCACGAGGCCGUCAACCACAAGGUCCUGGCCACCUUUCACAGCAAACGAGCCAAGGAAGAGGCGAUUGCACAAGGAAAAGUGCACUCGGAAAAGAAUGGCCACAAAACGGUGAGCGUGGAGGCCGUGUAGGCUGUGUAGGCAGAGUAAGGGGCGUCUUGAAUUUGUGUAUGAAGGAAAAACGGCGGGGCGAGGAAGUGUCGGGGGUUGGAAAUGGUCUGGUCAUGACAAAAUAAGCCAAAAUGAUACAUGGAAUGGCGUCGAGCAUUUUGUUUCGCUUUCUACAAAUCUUUUUUUCUCCUUCCUCCCUUUGCUUGUCUCAUAACCACACGACAACGCUGGGGUUAUUUUCGUCACACAUACCUAUUAACCAUCUAAUAAAUAUUGAUCAUGCACAUGGUUAGCUCUUCUCUGUCCCAUUCUUCUC